UAUUAUAAGAAUUGCGUGGAAGGUUUGUGUUACUGAAACGUUGAAUUCCACGCGUAUGAUAAUUGUACGGUAUUGGGUAGAAGCAAUUUGUGUGUCUCUUGAGCAGAAACGAAAGUGAUUAUUAGUUUGUAAAGUUGCUGAGGCUGAGAGGAAGACAAGAAAUGAAGGAGAUCAAUGACCCUGCAGCACCAUCGGCUUGUAGAGAAGCCAUUCUAAUAGAUCGGAUGAAAAGUUUUUUGCUAUCUGUGGCAGAAAGGAAAGAGGAAGAGGACCGUGUUUAUGCUCUCUAUGAUAGAUGGACAACCGAAGAGAUUUUGCAUCGUAUAGAAGAAAUGGACGUGAGCGGCGACGACUCUGUGGUAGAGCUCACAAGCAAACUUAUGCAAUGCAUAGAAGAAAUGAACUCAAUGCUUUUGGAGCAUGUUCUUUUAGAGAAACUCGAGGAAACUAUAAAGGAACUGUAUCCAGAACUCUGGGUAGUAAAUGUGUGGGGCAUGGGGAUUGUGAUUGCUGAUUCAGUUUGGGAAUCCAAGUUUGCGCCUCACGCUGUGGAUUCGUCUUUGCGGGAGCUUGAAAGUAGAAAGAUAAUAAAACGUUACAUUGGCACACUACAUUGUCCUCUGUAUUAUCCGAUGCUAAUGGUGGGAAACCAAAAGCGGCUGCAAGUAUAUACUGACAUUCACGUAGAACGUUGUUUUGCGAAGUGGCAAGAGAAAGAGAAAGAAAGAACAUUAACAGAGGAAUUCCUGGAACUGACCAUGCCACUAGAAAUCCAUUUGUUAACAAAGAUGUACAUUGAGGCAUCACUUGAGGGAUUACGUGAGUACUUCGGGGAAGGAAUAAAUGAUCAAUCGUUCGUGAAGUACCAAGGGAAAAUAUAUGAGGAACGGAAAGGAAUUGAACAUCAGUUCAUGAUUUGGCAAGGGAAAAUAUAUGAGGAAGAAAAGGAAAAUCGCCAUUCUCAUCCCCCCAACCAUGAUGUGAUAAAGAUUGACGAUAAUGGGGUGUUGAAGGUAGAUAAAAGAGAGACAAAGAGAUUGAACACAUUUUUGAAGUUUUAUGGGAACAGGAUAUUCCAAUCACAUUCUACUGAUGAAAAUCGUGUUGCUAAAUGGGCUGCAUUGUAUGGAAUGCAAUGGGCCCAACUAUCUGUUUUGGGCAAUCCUCUUGACAAGUUAUCCCAAUCCACAGGCAUUGACACAAUGGAAUUAAGUAUGGGAAAAGCAUGUUCCAUCACAGUAUGGACAUCAAUCUUUUUCCUGAACUUUCUUUUUGCUGCAAUGCUUACAUGGUCAUUGCCUCUUCGUAUACCAGCAUACUCAAUGCUGGGAUUUUCUUUACUCUAUUACAUUUUAGCGUUAAUUGUUGCAAUGUCUGGAUAUAGUGUUGCAUGGGGUGGUUCAGCUAAAAUGUCAGGCCUAUUGUUUGUGUUUGGAGGGGCCACAAGCUUAGUGCUACUUCUUAGCAUCAUAAUCAUAGUUGUGCUCUAUGCUGCAUGGUGCUCCUCUCCUAAUGAAGUUGGAGGAGAACUAACAGAGAAACACUCCCCUGAGUGUAUCAUUAAGUUCCAGGACAACUGAAAUCACGCACUUGAAUGUAAGGAAGAAUCUGGCAAAAUAUUGUUGUUACUUGUCAACGGGGGACAUCAACAUAAGAGUAUGUUUAAUAAGCAGCCGAUUAUGAAUGAAAAUACUUAGGGUGUUUGGUUUGA